UGCAGUCUAGGAAUGACACCAUCUACACGGCAUACCCACUGACUGUAUCCCCUCCUCCUGCCUAUAAAAGAACCUGCAGAAUUGGACUGUAUGCACUUCGAUAUUCCAGAGGAUAGCAAUACAACUAUAUUUAACCUCGAAAAACAUUCAACUGAAAAGGCAGUGACCCAAAAGGAGAGCUUGGGUAACAUUUUUACAAAACAUUUUUGUUUUAAUUCUUAUAAAUGUUUUAUGUUGGCUUACUGGUGGUCUUGAGUAGCUGCCUGGCCCUGGGGGCAGGCUACAGGAAAACUCCAGACCCAACAGCUGCUAAGAGACAGUACCAGAUCCAAAAUGGCCCGUGCAGCUACACCUUCCUGCUGCCUGAGCAGGACAACUGCAAGACCCCAAGCAGCACCUACACCAACCUGGUCCAGAAGGACGAUCCGGCAGAGUAUGAUGAGUCGGUCCAAAGGCUAGAGCAGCUGGAGAACAUCAUUGAGAACAACACACAGUGGCUCCUCAAGCUGGAGAACUACAUACAGGAAAACAUGAAACAAGAGAUGUUCCAGAUCCAGCAGAAUGCAGUGCACAACCACACGGCAGCCAUGAUAGAGUUCGGAACCAACCUGCUGAGUCAGACUGUUGAACAAACACGGAAGCUGACCAACGUAGAGGCGCAGGUAAUAAAUCAUACAACUCGGCUCGAACGUCAGCUUCUUGAGAACUCUCUAUCAACGAGUAAGUUGGAAAAACAGCUCAUUUUCCAAACAAAUGAAAUAACCAAGCUGAAUGACAAAAACAGCUACCUGGAGAAGAGGGUGGGGGAGAUGGAGGAGCAGAGGCAGGUGGAGCUGAAGACGCUGAAGGAGGAGAAGGAGCAGCUCUCUACACUGGUACUGAGACAGACGGCUGUCAUCGAGGAGCUGGAACAACAGCUGUUGCGGGCCACCACCAACAACUCUGCCCUGCAGCGGCAGCAACAGGAGCUGCUUGAGACCGUCAACAACCUCAUCAACACAAUCUCUAUCCCCACAGGUGGAGGGAACAAGCCUACCAUGAUGCAGGACACACCAACCACAUACCCAGACUGUGCUGCUGUCUACAAGUCAGGAAACACAGACAGUGGAGUCUACUCACUGACCCUUUCCAACACUACACAGGAGAUUAAGGCUUACUGUGACAUGGAGACAGAGGGGGGUGGAUGGACGGUACUACAAAAACGAUUUGAUGGCCGUGUUGACUUUCACCGUACGUGGAAAGAGUACAAAAUGGGCUUUGGAAACCCUUCAGGUGAAUACUGGUUGGGAAAUGAGUUUGUUUCGAUACUGACCAGUCAGCACCCAUACGUCUUGAGGAUACUUAUGAUGGAUUGGGAGGAAAACACAGGAUUCUCACUAUAUGACCAGUUCUCUCUAGGCAGUGAAGCAGAAAACUACAGAAUACACCUUAAAGGCUACAGUGGCACAGCAGGCAAAAUUAGUAGCCUUGGUCAGCCAGGAAGUGAUUUCAGCACAAAAGAUGCAGACAACGACAAAUGUGUUUGCAAAUGCUCACAACUGACCACAGGAGGCUGGUGGUUUGACGCCUGCGGCCCCUCCAACUUGAACGGAAUAUUUUUCCAGCAGGGCCAGAACUCAAAUCGAUUCAAUGGAAUCAAAUGGUACUAUUGGAAAGGCUCAGGCUACUCACUGAAGUCCACCACAAUGAUGAUCAGACCAGUAGACUUCUGAGGCUGUGACAGAGACAUGCCUCUCACAGACAUGUAUAGAAUGGAGAGCAGAGCUCUGUCACUCUGGGAAACAACUACACAGACAAGACAGACAAACAAAAAGACCAAACAUACCGAAGUGCUCCAUAACAGCAACCUCAUCACUUCCGAACAUUCCACAAGGGAAGGAACAAUUAGCUUUGCUCCAACAAGUCUUUUUAUUUUAUUUUGUAAAACUUUUGUACAAAAUGGACAGGUGAAGACUAGCAGAAAAGUCUAUGAACUAUCUAUACUAAAUAUAUGGGCUUUGGACUGCAUAACCAACCAGGACAAGGCAGUCAAAAGAUGACGCGUUGGAAAUCUUGUAUUUAUGGCAAACUGGAACUGUGGUAGAGAUAACAGUAUUGUUUUCUAUUAAUAAGCAUUACUAGGGGAAAUGUUAGUGUGUAACACAUUGCAAGGUUGACAAAGUUAAUUUUGUAAUAACGAUAUUUCACCCCAUUAACAUUUGAUACAAUGAAUUGGAAAAUAAGUUACAUUUAUAAUGUAAAAUAAAAAUGUAACAAUAGCCCUAAUUUUAAAAGCAAAAAAAACUAGGGUACAAAGCACAAUACUUCAUACAUAUCAAAUAUGAACAUCAUGCGAAAAGGAAAUCUGUAAUGAAUCUACAGCUUUUCUUCCUUACAGGAAUUGUACAUACUCAGUGUCUUCAGAAAGUACUCAUACCUCCCUGGUCUUUGUGGUUGAAUGGGUUUGAAAUUCACUGCUCAACUGAGUGUCCUUACAGAUAAUUGUAUGAAUGGGGUACAGAGAU